AUGCCUGUCCAGGAGGUCGAUCACAAUUACGAUUCACUGAAUCACCACCUACAUCCUUUUUACCAACCAGACCCGACAACACAUCAGUUUGCGUCGCAGAACGGCUUUGACGAUGAUUCUGACAAUGCCGCUUCGCAACAACCCCCGUCCAUGUCCUCUCCUCCACUCCCGCUCCUCCCUGCAACCACUUACUCUCCUCCACGUGCUUCCCGCCAGAAACACCUCUCUCUUACCACUAAUUUGGUAGAUCAGGCACCCAACAAUGUCCGAGACGAACUCUCGCCUGAUCCUCGGGAAUUUUACCUCCAAUACCGCGACCCCUUUGGCAGCGAUGGAGCGGGUCCCGACGAUGUAGACAUGAAUACGGCCUCAUAUUCGAGGAGGUCUUCAGCCCGUUCCAACGGUUCAUCUAACGCUCAACGCUAUAGGUCCUCCUCUCGCGCACAUCAAUUCCGUUCGAGUCCCGCAAGCCACUCCAAAGACUACUCCCCCCAGAAGCCCCGUCGCGCUCCGGUCUCACCUUCAGCCACCAGGAGCAGGCAGUCGUCCUUGAAGGAAUUGGUAGACAGGUUCAAUCAGGCUACCGACGAGGUCCUUCCAAGACCUCCCAAUCGGCCUUCUUUCACCUCAUCGAGAGCAGAGAGCCCUUCGUCGGCCCCAAAAACCUACACCCGUUCAGGCCAAUCAUCGAGCCACAGGCCUACCACGAUCGAAUCCCACUCUUCCAUCCUGUACAAUCAGCCGUCGGCGAAUAGCGCAACUUCAACAAAACACAGCGGACACAAGACGCAGACGCCGCAAAAUACCGUCCGAAAACCACUUUUCGGGGAGAUAUUGCCACUAGACACAUUUGCCGGACAUCAGGAACGAAGACGGGCGUCACAUCAAAGACGGGGCUCCGACAGUUGCAUGCACUCGCCAGGUCCGAUGUUUCUUGACAUCCCAUUAGAAAUUUCUACUGGAUGGUCCCCGACUUCUCCAACAGCAUGGUACCUGGGCUACAACCCGUCUAUCGAUAGCGCCAACACUACUAAGCCGCAACUGCUCCAUCGAAGGUCUCGAAGUGAGCUGGGGAACUGUUCGCAGCCAAUGAGCCCUACUUCUUUCAACCCAAACAUGGGUGUCAAAUCCCCAAUUUCCGCGACGUCUCCCUCGAGUUCUCGCCGGAAAUCAGGCUCUCAAUCCCGAAUACCAGUUGCCACGCGCCGAUUAAGCCAGGCUUCCGAUUCGGGUAAUUCCUCCCCCUCGACGAGGACAAGUUCCGCGAUGGAUCGGCAUCCAGUGAAUAUCUCGUUACCCCCCAAAGGCAUAAGUGCAUUACCCAAACCGUCUCCAAAACUUAAUCCAUCACCCAAAUUCCACAGUCCAUCCAAUUCCCCUGUCUCCCCUCGAAUCACUUCGCCGGGAAGACAUGCACACAAUAUCCAACCGCUCAAGAGCCCAACUCUGAAAGCCAUAAUCACAGCUCCUCCCCCAAAGAAAUCUCCUCCGCUGAGGAGCUCCAGACCACGCCAGCCUGUAUCAACCGCUACCACAACGGCUUCCCGUGGAAAAGUUGUUGAUAGAGUAUCAGAUUUUCAGAAUAAUGCCAUGUUUUCAAAGUCGCCUCGCACCAGUCGAGCCAGAUCACGACGGCUUCCAGAGCUGGGAAAUGUGGACUUCGCCGCUAGACGUCAAAGAAUCCAGCAGGCGUUCAAUAAGUCGAUCGAAGAAAGUAAUAAGAAAGAGAUUGCAAGGAAGGCACAGAGAGCCGCCCGCAUUAAGGAGGCUGAAAAAAAGGAUGAUCAACGAAACAACGAAUCACAAGUGACCGAGGAGCUGGUGACAACGAUCGCAGAGAAGGCCUCCGUAGAAUCGCGAGUUCCGACCGUUGAAUCAUCAGAUAUUGGAGAAGAGCAUGAGGCGUUUCUCACACCAGAUGAGGGUCGUUCGCCCGAUUCAACCGACGCAGCAGAGAAUGUUGGACCUGCUGGCGACUUAAAUGUGGUUUUGACGGAAAAGCAACUCCCGAUCACAGAUACCCAUGAUGCUCCCCAACAGCGCCUGACCGAUGCGCGCCCUUCAUCGGCAUGCUCAGAUACAGCGCCCCAGUCUGCGGUCACCGCUUUGACGGAUACGACGCCCAUUGAUAUGGAACCGCAGACUGAACUCCCUCAACCAUUGCAGUCCCAUCGGUCUAUGCUCAGCCACAUUAUGCAAAUGCGUGAAUCGAGCCCCGAUAUCACCGACUCGAGUGAUGAUGACGAAGACACCUCGUCUUCUGGACGUGAUAAGGAAUCGAUCCAGAUCAUGCUUCGACAGACGUACUUUGACCCCAUAGACACGAGCAGUGAAACCCAGGAAUUCGCCGAAGAUCCGGAUGGAUCCAAGGGUCAUGGAGAUAGGCAGCGAUGGAGCAUGAGCUCUUGGAGUUCGUCGAUUCAGAUCCAAAAUAAUCAGCUCAUUGAGGGGUCGAUGUCAGAAGAAGCGAAAGUAGAAACUUUUGCGGACGACGAUAGGACGGCACAAUCGACAUGUGAUAGUGAUAGGAAUGUCACUCCGCAGCCACCGCCCCAUGAGCCCGGUCCUGAGGAAGCGGCUGAAACGACGCAGGACACCAAGCCCAAGGAAGCAACUGACGAUGGAUCAACGCAGCAAACGCGCCCGGGAGAGAGGUUUAGUCUGAAUUUGAUGCAUCGUUAUCCAGACCUGGCCAAACAGGCUCGAUGGGACACGAAGCGCGCAACUCAGCUCUACCUACAGGAGCUCGCGAAGGCUGGAUUUGGCCAGCCACGAAUUCCGGAGCCGAUUGUAAAAAAAACUGAGACAGAGAAGAAGAGGUUGUCCGGCCAUUCCAACGAAGCACCUCAAGAAGACGGUUUAGUCGAGGACGCGGUUAUUCUCCCAGAAUCAAAGUCAAUACCACCCUCUGAUUAUGUUCAGCACCUUGCUAAUCUGAAUCAGAGAGAUGACUGGGAGCGUGCUUCACCGUCAAUUGCAGAUUGGAUGCACCUAGCAGCUACUGACAAAGAUGUAGCCGAAGAGCAUCGUGAUGUUGAUAAGGAUCACGCAUCCACUGUACUCGGGCGUGAUGACGCCAAGACUCCUAAAAUAUCAACUUCCGGUCCAAAUAUUUCAGCUCCUGCGGCGGGCGGCAAUGGCCUAGGUGUGUCCAUCCAGGUUCACUCCCCACAGGAUGGCGACUCUCCAACGAUUCCCGAACUACCAAAUUAUCCUCCACCUCCACCUCCACCCGGCUCGCUUUCUCAACAACACAGCACGGAACAAUUGCAACAACCGCCACUCGCACAACCGUCACCAAGUGUGUAUUCACAACCUUCGCCGCCUCAAACCUUACCUAGCACCACAUUUGUGCCAAAAGAUUAUGAAUUAGAGGCCAGGGACAGUAACGACUCCUGGCUCCACCACACCGGAGCCACACCGGAGCCUCAGACCGUUGCCUCGUCGAUCACUUCUCAGGACCGCCAGCCCGCACCGCAGGAGAAAGUUGAAGCUCCCUCUCCAAAAGCAUCCCCGACACCCGAGCAGCGGCGCCUGAGAAAAAGAUUUCUGGUCAUCAAGGAGCUUGUCGAUACGGAAUACACCUUUGGUCAAGAUAUGACGGUGGUUGUCGACAUCUACAAGGGGACAUCGAGCUCCUGUGGUCUGACUCCGGAGGACGUGAAGACUUUGUUCGGGAACUCGGAGCAGGUCGUAAAGUUCUCGAUAGACUUCCAGGAUGCGUUGAAACAAGCUGCGAGGAGUGUAUACGUGCUACCAAAGUCACAGCGUUGGCUGAGUAAGCGUGGGAGCAGAUAUGUUCCGAAUACCAACAAUCAAGAGAGCCAACCGAUAUCAGACGACGAGAAAGAUCGAAGAACAACCAUCGGCCAGGCGUUCAUGGAGCUGAUCGGUCGAAUGGAAAAGGUCUAUUCGGAAUACCUAAAAAAUCACGACGCUGCAAACAAGACUCUCGAUUUGCUCCUGAAGAAUAAAAAUAAACAUGUGAGCAUUUGGCUAAAAGAAUGUCGUGAUUGGGCUUCGGAUCUUACUACCGCAUGGAAUCUCGACUCUCUGCUAGUGAAACCGGUGCAGCGAGUGCUGAAGUAUCCUUUGCUACUGACGGAGCUGCUUAGCGCAACUCCAGCCGAUCAUCCUGACCAUGCAGCCAUCGCCAAUGCUCUCCGAGAAACCACCGCGAUGUCCGUGCGUAUCAACGACAUGAAGAAACGAGCGGACGUCGUGGGCCAGGUCGUCAGCAGUCGAAAGCGGAAGGAGUCGGAUGUCCGAGCGGGUUUGUCAAAAGCGUUUGGACGGCGCACGGAGAAAUUAAAGCAGCAUGUUGGUCUCUCGGAGAUUUUUACCGACAAGGACUAUGACAUCCUCGCACAAAAGUUUGGCGAGAACUUCUUCCAACUGCAGCUGAUAAUGCGCGAUGUGGAGCUUUAUACAACGGAAAUGCAAAAUUCCAUGAACAAGCUCAACGAGUUCAUAAUCGCAAUAGAGGCAUAUAUGACGGUUGCGCCGUCCAAUUACCCGGAGUUAGAGAGCAAGUGGUGUCGGUUUAGGCUCGCGGUCAAGGACAUUAUGACGGUUGCACUGGUUGACCACCUUGCUUCUGUUCGAAAGAGCGUUAUCAAUCCAAUGGUGACUCUCCUGAAACUUCACGACGGUCCGCAGAGGGUGAUGCAGAAGCGUAACAAGCGAUUGCUGGAUUACGUCAAGUAUAAAGCUGUCAAGGAUCGAGGCGAUAGACCAGACAAGAAGACCACAGAGCUCGGAGAGCAAUUCAUCGCACUGAAUGUGACUCUGAAGGAAGAGCUUCCUCGACUUCUGUCGUUGACGGGCAAGCUGAUGGAGACUUGCUUGAAUAACUUCGUUCAAAUCCAGACAGUGUGGAACAUGAUGAUGCAAAAGAGACUUGGUUACACCAUUGAUCGAAUGCCGCAGGAUGUGGGCCAGAUCAUCAGUGACUGGUCUGGUGACUUCACAUUCAGCGAAGCACAAGUUCUCUCUCUUGGAGUCUGCAAUGGAACGGUGCUUGCAGAUUCAGCGAACGUCCAAAAUUUCAGCACACCAUCGACAUCGCACGGAGUGGAUACGUCGUCGUCCAGACGCCCUUCCAGUACCACAACACGGACAUUCUCCGUUGAACACGGGUCAUCUCCCAAAGUUUCAGUCGAAUUUGGCUCAAACCCACCCGUGAGCUUCAUGCAGUCCUCUUCUCACGGAGAAAGCUUAACGCAUCAUGCCAAUGGGUCCCACGCUCAUAUUGGCGGGCGCUCACGUACGAAUUCCAACUUUUCCGGUACUCAUGUUCCUUCUAUGACUACUGUCGUAAGUCCGCAGACGCGCAACAGUACCACCCCCAGUACGGGCGCCACGAGCAAUUCUUCCUAUCGAACCUCCGAUGCGUCUCCCCUCCUGCCGCAGCUCUCUCUCGAUACACCGCGGUUUCCCGAAUUCUUCUCUGAUCCCACUACUUCGGGCAAUAACUCUCAGAGCAAUGCGAACAGACCUGGUGCUCCUGAUCUCGCGGAACAUCCCUCGUCGCCUGAUGCCCCCCGGUACUCGGGCUUCUUUUCCUCUGCAAUGCCAAUGGCGGAACCAUCCGUGCCAUCAACACCUCCAGAUUCCCAGCUUGGACCCAAGGAACCGAAAGUUCUCUUCUUGGCGGCAAGCAUGUUUGAAUUUAAUAUUGAUCGUGCUCGUCGGGAAGCCGGUUAUCCGUAUCUGACCUAUGUUGCUGGGGAGAUAUUCGAUGUCAUCGGCGAAAAGGGUGACCUGUGGCUGGCAAGGAACCAGGAUGAUCCAACACACCAGGUUGGAUGGAUCUGGACGAAACACUUUGCUAAGCUAGCGGGAUAAAGGAAUUGUCAGUCGAUCCGGAGAGGAAAGAGACAUUUUUUCCAGAAAUUUGUAUGCGAUGCAACUUUCUUCAAUCCUUUGUUUUUAUCGAGACUUUCGGCAAAGCUGCUUCUUUCUCAAAUUAGAGCGCUUCUCCCUUUUUUUCACCCUUUCUUUCUUUCUUUUUCUUUUCCCUUUUUUUUUUCCUGAAAAUUUUUGGCAUGUCUUUGAAUAGUUUUCUAUUAUUUCUUUUUUCCCCCCCAAUUCCCAAUGUUCACACGAUCAUAUGUUGUGUCUGUUUCUUCAGCAAAGGCGAAUGGCAUAUAUGGGCGCAUGCACUAUGAAUCAGGGUCUAUUUUCCGAAUAUGAUGAUGAUGUCCAAAUCUUUGAGCUUUUCUUUUAUCAGGAAAUUCGCUUCGUCAAGGGUCGACAGGCCCUUGACAUUAUUUAUACCACCUUUUUUUUUUCCCCUCUUCGUUUCCUGUUUUCCUCUGCAGAGCUUUGGCUGCCUUCCCUUUGAUAUUGAGUGACCAUGUCCUUCUGUGUUAUUUUAUGACGACAUAUUGUGUGACUUUGCCUAUGGAUCAUGUUCGGGGCCCCAGCGUCAAUGCCACUGUUCUGUGUGUGAGUCCUUA